AUGCCGCUGCCACCAAGCAUAAAUGCUCAGCUCUCCCUGCAGGAACGAGUGGACAGGCGAGCAGAGGCUGCACGACGGGAGGCUGCAAUGAAGUAUGCGGCGCAACAACAAGGCAUACAGGCGAGCAGUGACGACAUUAUCGCCUUGCGACGAAGCCACGGAUCCCCUCUCAAGAUUGUUCGCUCAGUCUCGGACAUGUCAACAACCAACAUCGCCAACAGCAGCGAGGACGACGAAGACAACGACGACGACGAGCACAACAACUUUGCCCUUGAAGAGGAACAGCCAGACUAUGAUACUGAGGAAGAAUCGACACAAGGACAACAGCAACACCGCAACACUGUUCAGACGCAGCACAGCGACCAGCACCCACCGCACUCGCACCCGGGCUCCCGCGACGUCACUGUCAUGACAGACAAUGUGAGCCACCUGCAGCAACAUCAGCUGAGCAUGCUGUCCACAACGUCGCGCGGAACACAGGCAGAUGUGUCCGCGCUUGAACAGCACACUCUGACCAGUGACCAGAGCCACCUUGGUGGUCAUGGUCAUGGGGGAGAUGAAGGAGACAACACCGCUCACCCCUCAGCUAGCCUGGGCGAGUCCCUUCCAUCGGUGCAUUGGGGAAGCCCAAUCCACUCUGAGCACGACGACUCCACCCUCAUUGCAGACGACGGCGACGACAACGACAACGAUACCAUACAUGGUGGUGAGCAGUUGAUGGCGCGGAAGGAUGCUGAGCGCGCCAAGGAACACAUGAACCGCCUCGAAGCCCUCAUCCAGGCAUUUUCUCCAAGAAAGGAACGCGCGCCGUCGAAGUGGACCGGUGCCACCACCAUCAUCAGCAUCGCCAUCGCCGCCAAGGUCGACAGCAACGUCGCUGCAAGGACGGCCUCAAGGCGGCAUACUACGGACACCAAAGAGCGGGACGAGGGCUGUUGGCAGUGGCGGUGGAAGAAAGGGCCGAAACGCUGGCGCAGCAACACCUCAGCAAGGGCGCGCGUCCCAGCAGCAGCAGACGCGACCGACAGCGCAAACAGCACACUCGGCACCAGCAUCCACAGCAAAGACAGCAGCACGACGGGCGGCAUCCAAGACCAAGUCGCCAUCAUCGUCAGCACCGCUCUCCCACGUGGCGAGCCAGCGCUGCGUGAUAUCUUUGACUUGGAGCACAUUGUCGGCUCCUCCGUCCGCGGAAAACCAACGGCAGAUAUGGCGGAGAAGGUGUUUUCCGACCUGACGCGCGUGGUGGAUGCGCUCGACUUUGCGUGUGACGGAACAGCGCAGGACGCCGACAUCACCACGCUCAACCUCAUCGACGCCCACAAGAAGGCGCAGGCGAGGAUUGCGAGCUUGGAGAGUCAGCUGUCGCAGCAGCGGCGCCUCGCCGUUGGCUCGGACGAUCUCAACAAACUCCACACUACCAUGCAGCACGUGCAAGCCGAGCUGCACCAGGUCACGGCACAAAACAAGCGUUUGCGGCAGGAAAACAAGAACCUGAAGCACGAAAACACCGAAGUGGAGACCAGGCUGCAAGACAUGAUGCAGGUGGCUGCACGCGACAUAUCAGUUGUUGUCAAGCAGAAUGAGGAGCUGGUGGCGGUGGCAGAGAGGCGCACAAAAGAGCGCGACGACCUCAGCGCAAAACUGCAGCAGCACGAGCUUGCACUCAGCACAGCCAAAGAGACCAUUCGAUUGCACGAGCUGACCAUCACCCAGCGCGAUGCUGAGAUUGAAUCCCUUUCGCACAGCGUCGCGAAACACUUCAAGCUGUUGGAAGAUCUUGAUCGCGUCGUGCACGCCCUGCGAAGAGAGAAGCAAGACCUGCGUGCGGAACUUGCGCGGGAGAGAGCGAAGCGAGCGGUGUGGCCACGCCAGCGACCGUCCAGUGGGGGUCGCAAUGGCCGUCAUCAUCGUCACGAUGACGAUGGUGGUGAUGAUGACGGUGAUGGUGACGGGAGGCGGGCACAGCGAUUGAGCCGUGCGGGUGUUGCACCUGCUCGCGAUGGUGAUGGUGAUGGUGGUGGUGGUGGUGAUGAUGAUGACAUGAGCGGCUCCGGAGAUAUUCACCGCCGCAUCGAGCGGGCGAAAAUGGCGCUGAACGCACACAGACACACGCGCAUGAGCAGCAGAGGUGACCAGGCAACAUCUGGCGACGAUGAAAGUGUUGGGAGAGGCACAGCAGCUGCUCGUGUGGACAUGAAGCAGCCACCAACACGCAGCAGCAACGGCAACAAGAGAGAGACGACACAGGAGGCAGAUGAAGAGCUCAGUGAAUCUGACGAGAGCGAGCGCGGGCGAGGCGGUGGGCGUGGCGAUACCAAGGGGCAGAUGCUUGCAAGCAUGGCGCUCGCAGAUUCGCUCGGUAUUGAUUUCGAUGCAUUCCCGUGGCGGCAGCAGUGGCGCGUUGACAGCAGCAACCCAAGCAACACGGCCAGCGACACAGAAACGACAGCAACCCCCGCGUACCGACACCGUGAUCGGCGCGGAGACAGCACAGACGAGGAAGAGGGUGAGCUCCAAAACGACGAUGAAGACACCGACAACGGCCGUGGCAACAGCGGCGGUGGUGAUGGUGACCGUGAUCAUGAUCAUGACCGCCACACCCCUGUCGCGCAACGCAUCAAGAAUCGCUGGCGUGGCAGUGGCGUUGCGCGUGCAGCUAAAACGCAAGGAAGCAGCACCGCAAGCUCGCGCAGCAGAGACGUUGGCAAUGAUUCGCUCAACGAUGGCCGGGCCAAGUCGAAGCAGGGCAUGACGGGGCGCGGCCUGAAGCGUAGAGACCUCACAGCACACGGUGACAGACACGGGGAUGAGGAAGAGGAGGUGGAUGGUGAUGAUGGUGAUGAUGGUGAUGAUGGCGACGACACAGUCAGUUCGACGGGAGCCACGACGACUUCGAGUAAGCGCUUGCAGCUGUACGCAACGAAGGGCGCACAGGCGGCGCUGUUGGAGUCGCAAUCUGAGCUGUCGCUCAUUGAUGAGGAGAUUGCCAACUUGAGGGGCUCGCUGCAGAGUUUGCUGCAGACGGCAAACGCACUCGACAGUGGCGCCGUCACUUCUUCCCCGCUCUCCGCAGGCAGCAGGCGCCCGUAG